AUGGUCUCGUUUAACCUCGACGGGCGAAUUGAGCAGCGGUAUAAAAUAUUGCGCCAUAUUGGUAGUGGGGCGUACGGAGUAGUGUGGUGUGCCCUUGACACAGUGACGAACACACAAGUGGCGUUAAAGAAAGUUUUUGAUGCUUUUGGAAAUCAACAGGAUGCGCAGCGAACAUACCGUGAAGUAAUGCUGCUGAAUGCGUUACAGCAUGAGAGUAUUGUUGCACUGAAGAAAGUGAUUCCCUCCGUAAGUGAUACAGAUCUCUAUCUCGUCUUUGAGCUCGUAGAAACAGAUCUAUCCACAAUAUUGCGUCACGAUCUGGUGGUGCCUAUUCAACGACAGUAUCUGGCGUAUCAGGUAGUGAAGAUUGUGGCCUACUUACAUAGUAGUGGAGUUAUUCACCGGGAUUUAAAACCAGCUAACGUCUUUGUAAACUCAGAUUGUCGUAUAAAACUAGGUGACUUUGGUCUUGCUCGUUGUAUCGGGCAAAAUAAAGAAAAUAUCUUUAAAGAUCUCACAGAGUACAUCGCUACACGUUGGUAUAGAUCACCGGAGGUACUCGUCAAGUCAUCAACUUACACAACCGCUAUGGAUAUGUGGGCAGUUGGGUGUAUCAUUGCUGAGCUACUCACCGCAUCUCCACUAUUUAUGGGUAAUUCUACACUACAUCAACUCUCAUUGAUAGUUAGCGCACUGGGCGAACCAACAGCGGAAGACGUAGAUGGACUCCAAUCCGAGGAGGCGUGGCCUCUUGUGGAUGUUCUUCCUCCUGUAGAAAGUAAUCCUCUUAGGGAACAACUAAAAGAAUAUGACGCAGAUGCAGUAGAUCUAGUUUGUAAACUUCUUGUGUUUAAUCCGAAAAAACGAUUAACAGCACAUGAGGCUCUAAAGCACCCAUACGUGGCACCUUUUGUUAGCGAAAAAGACUUUGAAGAGGUUGACAAGGCUACUCCAAUUGAGUUACCCUUGCCAGACGAGAAGGAUUAUUCUGCUGCAGAAUAUAGAGAUGCCUUAUAUAAGUUCAUUCAUCGUUGA